AUGACGGCGAGUUACUUUAUGUCCAAUCUUGUUGCCGACAAUCUGUCGGCUCGAGUGGAUAUCGAAUGGACUGACGCUGUACUCUAUACACCCUAUCACAUACAGCAAGCAUUACUGUAUGAAGUCAGUUGUUUUUGCUUUUAG